ACAGUCUGUAGCUUUGUGUUGACGAGAACGGAACGAUAAUUUUUUUGUUGUGUGUUCGAUUCGGCCGUCGCUUUCGAGUGAAUCUCGAAUAUUCAUAAUAACGUUUUAACGAUUUUUGAAAAGAGACAAAAUUGGAAAUCUUCUGUGCGCGCGCGAAAAAAAAACGACCAAUUUUAUUCGGUUUUCGACGAACAAUUUUUUUUUGCGCGCUCAAGUCAGUGUGUAAUACAUGUCACGGCGAUUCUUUCUUUAUUUUUUUUAUUGAGAAGAAAGUGUAGAAAGACGUUGCUAAUAAUCAUAUUUUUUUUAUUAUUAUUUUUAUUAAACGGGAAGAACCUUACGACAUACGCACGGGAAUUGUAGAUUUUCUACUUUUGUUUAUUAUUAAUAAAAAUAUCAGUCGAAUGCUUUUUGCGGUUUAAUAUUUAUCACAUUGUAUGCGGAAGGUGUGAAAACGGUGUGUGUGCGUUGGAACUCCAAUAAAACGAACUGUAAAAAUCGUGUGUCCCUUUGUGUUGAUGCAAAACAGUGGAAUCUCAAUUGAAAAUAAAAAAAAAGACAAGACAGAGAAAAACAAGCAAAUCGCGUUCGCGCGACAACGAGAGAGAUUUUAGCCUUCGGCGAAUCGAUAACGCGAAUCGGACUUAGGAACGAAUUUUCGAUCGUUUGGCUGGAGAAAUUUCGUAUUACAAUUUUUUUCCCAGCUCACUAUCGGUCCCAGUGUGUUUUUCAUUGCGUGUGCACACGCUGUUACUGUUGUUAAGUGUUUGUGUGUGAAAAUCACUUUGAUCGAAAAGCGAAAAAAAAAAAAUAAUAAAAAUUAUUGUGAAUGACUGUGUGCUAUACGCGUUGCGAAUCGAUCGCCCAACAAAUUCAAAGAGAAUGUAAUGGCAUGAGUCAUCUCUCAGACGCACACUCGCAUCAACCACACUGUAAAACAGUUAAAAUGAUUGUAGCAAAAAAUUAUUUUAAGGCGAGAUUGCGACUCCGACAACACCAUGACUGCUGAAUUGUUUCAGAAAAUUAACAUAAAAUCAAACAAAAAUACCACACACCAAAUCGACAAUCAACAAAUGGAAGCAUAAAAUUGUAAAAAAUAGUGUUUCUUUCUUCGCAUCGUUCGUUUGGCAACACACAAACAAUACCGACUAGAAAAACGGCAAACGAAAAAUCAACGAACAAAAAAAAAACACAGAGAAAAAAAAAGGAAAAGUUUCAAACAAAAAUUUCUUCUAAUUCAUCAUUCUGUGAAUAGAACGAUAGGCUAUUUGAUGAACGACGGGACAGCAAAACUAUAUAAACUCAAAUCGAGUGACUUUAGAAUGUAAAGUUCCGUGUGCUUGAUAAAUCAUUUUUGUUCAAAUAUUGAUGAAAUAUCACAUGAUCUAGAUUUUUUUUUUUUUUUUUUGAAAAAAUAAUUCUUGUGGUUCAGUGAGUGUAACUUUCUUUACUCAAUUAUUUUCUUCAAGGAAUGUGAUCGAGUGAAUUGGACCAGAAAAAAGGCCAUAAUAAAGUGUAAUUUGAUAAUUCUUGAAAACAAUUCGUGUUGUAACAUUAUAACGUGAAUGAAAACGGAAUCAAAGAGAAUACGACGCGUGAUAGACACAAGGAAUUCGACAUAAAAAAAGUAAAUGUAAAAAAAGUAAAAAGGCAUGUUUAAACGCAUCAAAUCAAAUGAAUUAGAUAAUUUUUUAUGUUCGAUGUUGUGAUCGUCGUCAAUUUAGAAUUGAAGAAAGUACAUUUUUGUUUUAGUCGACAUGGGAUUAAUGAGUUUUAAUGUUAUAAUAAAAAAAAUGAAAAUGCCAUCGCAUUGCCGGCACUUGUGUUUAUACAUUUUAUUAUUUUCGGUAGUUAUUUCAUUCGUCAAUGCAUACGAUCACAGUGAUUCAAGGAGUGGUACCAACACCGGCCAUUCUAAUCAUUUCGGUCGAACCAAUUAUAUACAGUUAAACACCAAAAAUAACAAUAGAGAUUUAAGUGAGUUUAGUUUAAGGACCGAACAAACGCCGCAUCAUCAUCAUCAACAGCAACAACAACAUCAUUUUAGACAUCAAAAUAGUCACAAUAGUGGUGAACAUCGUUCACAUACAAAUGGAAAUCACCACAAACACCAAAUUCAUCAAUCAAAUGACAAUGCACAUAGUCGAAUACCUGACUAUCAGCGUCAAACUCAUUUACCGAAAAAACACUCCCAUUAUGAGAAUGAUAAUGCAGCUGCAUCGAAUACGGGAGGCGGUUUUCAUAUAAAAAAUCAUUCAAUGCAUCAUUAUAAUCACAAUCAUCAUCACAACCACCACCAACACCAGCAGCAUCAGCAAAAAACCGAGCAAAGAGCGACCACUUUGGGACCAUUUAGAAGUCGAUCGAACAAUAGAGGAGGUAGUUGGUCAGGGUCGUCGGCAGAGAUAGCAAACAAAAAAAAUUGGUCCGAUAAUUUGUCUAGAAACCGACAAGCGCCGGUCGAGAUCACUCAUUCAUCAAUGAACCGAAAUAGAACGCCUUACAAUCCUUACAUACGUUCACAUCAUACAACAACAACAAGACAUACCACAACAACAACCACCAAAACGACGACUCUUGCACCUGAUGAUUUUCAAGAGAAAGUGUUUUUUGAUGCCCAAAAUAACUUCAAUCGCAUGGAAAACGAUGACGACGAUGAAAACGUCAGCAGCACCAACGAUGAUGAUAUUUUUGAGUAUAAUAUUGAUAAUGACGUUGAUUAUAGCGAUGAGAAUUAUGACACAAAAAAACGAUCGCCAUCAAUCGGUUCGUUUGAUCGUCAUCGAAAAACAAGCCAACAAAGUAAUGAGAAUUUUCAACGUGAUGAUCCCGUUCGAAGUACGAAUAAUGGAAUUAACACGAAUACAUUGAAGUCACAACAGUCGUCAACAGCCAACGAUAAUAAUUACCAGAUGAAUGUGAAUAACGAUGGCAACGUGACAGGAACCAGAAAUCGAAACGAGCCCGGCGAUUUAACGAGAGAGAAAUUUCAAACAUUGGGCCACGCAACCGCUGUAGCUGAAACAUUUAGACAAACACUUCCGCUUAACGAAUUGAAGAAGCUAGCGUACGCACAUGCGGUUCGUGUUAGUCGAGAAGGAGCGUGCAAGUGGCCACGACCAAAGUUGGUACAAGUUGGAAGUCACACCUCAAAAACGUAUUCGCCACACUGCACCGUCUUACAUCGAUGCAGCGAUGAAACAGGAUGUUGUCAUGCGGAUUAUAAAACGUGUCAGCCACGACACAAGGAGAAUGUCACAUUAUACUUUUGGGUGCAUUCAAAAAACCAACAAUUUGUUGAACAUUUAACUUUCGAAAAUCACACCGAAUGCCAUUGCAUUUCGAAAUCGGCGCGCUUUAGUUACAAUGAUGAGCCAGCAACUGAAAUAGCCUCCGUUACAAAUCGAUGCCGAUGUCCAAAUCUGUUCACAAACGUACUUGGUUCGCAUCAAUGCAAAUGCGAUUGCACAUCCCAUUUGGCCAACGACAUAUGUAACAAAUUAAAACGAGGAUUGGAACAUUUUUCGAUAACCGAACGCAAAUGUAUAUCGUCCGAAUCAUGCGAUAGACCGACGUGCGCAUAUGGUGAAUAUGACACAAAAUCUGGACAUUGCCCAAGAGAAGAUGAAGCACUGACCUUCGCAAGCAAUAGUUUAAAUUCAGAUUAAAAACAUGCCGACCGCUGUGGCGCCACAAAAUUAAAGCACAUUUUUUUUUUCAUAUAAUGUUUAUUUUCACUUUUUAAAAUAGAUCCUGAAUCAUAUUAUUAAGCUUAUUUAAAUUCAGAUCAUUUAUUUACAUUUAAUUUUCGAUCACUGUAUUCAAUGUCAUUUACUCUUUUUUUUCAUAAAUAUUGAAUUUUGAAUUGCAUUACUCUCAUGCAAAACUCAUGAUCAACCACCAAUUUUAUUAUAUAUGACUAACACUUGUUUUCUUCUGUUUAAUUAAUUCAUUUGAAAUUAUCAAUCGGAAUCACUAUCAAUUCUGAGAAAUCUAUAAAUCACAUUGUAUGUCAAUAAGUAAUCGAAAUUGAAUCAAUUUUGUAUAUACCAUAAGAAAAACAGGGCGAAACUAUUCUAUAUAUGCAACACGAUGACGAAAGAAAAGAAGGAGAGAACAAAAAAUAUAUGAAAUAAAGCGAACAAAAAAAAAAUUCGAUUAAGAGGUUAGAUAAUGUUAGCGUGUAGAAUAUUGAUAGUAAGUAAUAUCGCGUUCAUGCGCGUCAUGAUCAAAAAUGUUGCUAUUUAUGUGCAUAUAUAUGAUACGAUAUAUUUUUUUAAAAGUGCAUUUAUUGUAUUUCUGCGAUUUCUGCCUGUUAUACUACUAUGAUUCUGGUUAAUAAACUAGUCGCAUUUAUUUUAUAAACGUAUAAUUUCGAAGGAUUAGAGUCGUAGAGUGUCUUUUUCUUUUGCUCGCCCAUAAUAAUGAUGAGCUCAUAAUAUACAUACACAUUACACACACAUAUACUAAAGUUAAUUGAAUGGCCGAGAAUGAAUGUGAGAAAUUGACAACAAUAAAAGAUGUGUUUAUUGACGCAAAGCAUAAAGGUAUAGAUUGCACUUCAAAAGAAAAACAAAAGAGUUCGUUUGUCAAGUCGCGCACUCAUUUGCGGUCACUCAAUUUCAAGUUUGAAUUUCUUUACGAUAUCCAUUUUGUGUUUGUCUUUCUUACGAUUAUGCGAAUUUUAAGUAUUACAAUAAUUGAUUUGCAUUAGACGAUUUUGAGAUAGUAAACGCAUUUUUAUUGCUUUUAUCUUAAUUUUAUGAUAUGAUAUUCGUGUAACAUUGUUUAGAAUUGUAAUCACCCAUUUGAAGCUGAUACAAGCAAAUGCAUGUUGUUGGUGUGUUUUUUUGUUUUUUUUUUCUCUUUGCAAACGAAAUCAGUGCUAAUUAGAUUGACCAUGUAAAAUGAUUUAUGUAUUUUCUAUAAAUGAUAAUCGAAAUGGCUUUAUAUGCAAGCUGAAAAGAUUUGUCAUUCUUAUGUUUAUGUAAUAAAAUUUCUAAGAAAAAAAACAUCAAAUUGCAUCCAGGCAUUUGCAUACCAUAUAUAAAUAAAACACGAUAUCGAUACCGUUGCACUUGUCUAGACAUAAAAAACAAUCGAAUUUUAACUGUUAAGAAUCCCGAUCCGUAAAUAAAGUUAUAAAAAUGGAAAACGUUAAGUACACUUUAUGAACGAUGAGCAGUGCGGCGCUUCAUUUAGCGGAAAUUCAUUAUGUAUGUACAA